AUGACCUCCCAAUCCACCAUUCCAUCGCCGCGGGACGUCCUCACUUCUCUGUUCAAGCAAAUCAACCAAUCACAUAGUAAUUCAUCCUUAAAUACGACAACCUCGACAGCCGGCGCAGGACAAGCGGCUCCAUCUACAACUGGACAGACUUAUCAACCCACUCCCGGAAGCAUACUGUUGUCUGCCUCACCUGCUAUUCGGCGCAUCUUUGUUACUUUACACUGUUUAUUUCCCAAUGAGCUUCUGCCAGCACUGGAUCUGCUUGAUCGACGCCUUGUCAGUCGAUUAAUCUGCCAGCAAGCUGUUGGCCCUUCAGGAACUUCUGCUAGCAAAAAAGUCCAUCUUGAAUGUCAAUCUGGGUUUACAAAGCCAACUGCAACGCCAGAUGAACGAUAUUACCGCCCAUCAAACUCAAGAGAAAAUGAUGUUCAAAUGGCGGAGGGUGAAACAGAACCGACAGCAGCAGCAAAUGUUGCUUUUGACCGAACCGACGUGACCUCUACAGCAGCACAUGCAACGCAGAGAUUGCAGGGAGACAACCAAACACAAGCCAGACGCGAAAGCCGAAUGAACAAUGCUCUUCCUGAUGAAUUUGAAGAGAAGAAAAAGCCCCUCAAAGACCACAAGGAUGAAAAACCAUACAUUUUCUAUGUUCGCUCCGCAGCAAGUCUUUCUCGCCCGGGGCGGUUUUCGCGUGCCUAUGACGGCAGAUAUUAUGAAGUUCGCACAAAAGCGUGGAACUGUACAUGUCCUGCCUUUGCCUUUGCUGCAGUUUCUUCGGGUUCUGGUCCUUUCUUAACUACAGCCUCUGACCCAGCCUUAGAUCUUGUUUCAGAGAAUACAGAGGCAACCAAAAGGCCACAUCCUGGAAGACGCGGGGCAGAAGAGUCGAUACGAGACGGGCUCAAUUUUGGUGGUCUGAGCCUAGGCACAGGUCAAAUGCCCGUUUGUAAGCAUCUUCUCGCGUGCUUCCUGGUCGAAAAUUUCCCUCUGCUGGCGAGUUACGUGGAGGAAAAAGAAGUGGACGAGGCAGAACUGGCUGGGUGGGUAGCGGGUUGGGGAGAUUGA